GGCAGAUUGGAGCUUUGAGGCUGACGGAGCCAGUGCGGCUGGAAGAAAAAGCACCGCCAGCAGAGAACGCUUAAAGCGCAGCCAGAAGAGCGCCAAGGUGGAGGGUCCAGAGCCGGUGCCUGCCGAGGCCUCACUGAGUGCCGAGCAGGGAACGAUGACGGAGGUGAAGGUGAAGACCGAGCUGCCUGAUGACUACAUCCAGGAAGUGAUCUGGCAGGGUGAGGCCAAGGAGGAGAAGAAGGCCAUCAGUAAGGACGGGACUGGUGAUGUGCCUGCCGAGAUCUGCGUGGUGAUUGGCGGCGUCCGCAACCAGCAGACCCUUGAUGGAAAAGCGCCUGAAGGCAGCCCCCACGGUGGAUCUGUGCGAAGCCGGUAUUCAGGGACCUGGAUUUUUGACCAAGCAUUGAGAUAUGCAUCUGGCUCCUAUGAAUGUGGCAUCUGCGGAAAGAAGUACAAGUAUUACAACUGUUUCCAGACCCAUGUACGGGCACACCGAGACACCGAAGCCACCUCAGGGGAGGGAGCCUCCCAAAGCAACAACUUCAGGUAUACAUGUGACAUCUGUGGGAAGAAGUACAAGUACUACAGCUGUUUCCAAGAGCACCGGGACCUGCAUGCUGUGGAUGUGUUUAGUGUGGAAGGGGCCCCUGAGAAUCGGGCCGACCCCUUUGACCAAGGUGUUGUAGCCACUGAUGAGGUGAAGGAGGAGCCCCCGGAACCAUUCCAGAAAAUCGGUCCAAAAACUGGCAAUUACACCUGUGAAUUCUGUGGCAAGCAAUACAAGUACUACACGCCCUACCAGGAGCAUGUGGCCUUACACGCCCCCAUCAGUGCUGCCCCCGGGUGGGAGCCGCCGGAUGAUCCAGACACGGGCUCUGAGUGCUCACAUCCAGAGGUCACUCCGUCUCCACGCUUCGUGGCAGCGAAGACACAGGCGAACCAGUCGGGGAAAAAAGCUCCAGCCUCGGUGGUCCGAUGCGCCACGCUCUUGCACCGCACCCCUCCAGCCACCCAAACCCAGACGUUCCGCACUCCAAACUCGGGAUCUCCAGCGAGCAAGGCGACCGCAGAAAGCGCAUUCAGUCGGAGAGUGGAAGGCAAAGCACAAAACCACUUUGAAGAGACAAACAGCAGUUCACAAAACUCCAGCGAAACUGCAAGUCCCCUGAUUUCCAAUCCUUUCCCUCUCCUGCAGAAGCCCUACACCUGUGGCGCCUGUGGGAUCCAGUUCCAGUUCUACAACAACCUGCUGGAGCACAUGCAGUCUCACGCAGCUGACAAUGAAAACAACAUCCCCUCUAACCAGUCCCGAUCACCACCUGCUGUCGUGGAAGAGAAGUGGAAACCUCAGGGCCAGAGGAACAGUGCCAAUAACACCACAACCAGUGGUUUAACACCCAAUAGCAUGAUCCCUGAAAAGGAGCGGCAGAACAUCGCAGAGCGGCUGUUACGGGUCAUGUGUGCUGACCUGGGUGCACUGAGCGUGGUCAGCGGGAAGGAGUUCCUCAAAUUCGCCCAGACUUUGGUAGACAGUGGUGCCCGCUACGGGGCCUUCUCAGUCACUGAGAUCUUGGGCAACUUCAACACGCUGGCACUAAAGCACCUGCCACGCAUGUACAACCAGGUGAAGGUGAAGGUGACAUGUGCCUUGGGCAGCAACGCCUGCCUGGGCAUCGGCGUCACCUGCCACUCUCAGAGUGUUGGCCCUGACUCCUGCUACAUCCUCACAGCCUACCAGGCUGAGGGUAACCACAUCAAGAGCUACGUGCUGGGGGUGAAGGGUGCAGACAUUCGUGACAGUGGUGACCUGGUGCACCACUGGGUACAAAACGUGCUGUCAGAGUUCGUGAUGUCAGAGAUCAGGACAGUGUAUGUGACGGAUUGCCGGGUGAGCGCAUCCGCCUUCUCCAAGGCUGGCAUGUGCCUUCGCUGCUCAGCCUGUGCCUUGAACUCAGUGGUGCAGAGCGUGCUGAGCAAGCGGACGCUGCAGGCCCGCAGCAUGCACGAGGUCAUUGAGCUGCUGAACGUGUGCGAGGACCUGGCGGGCUCCACGGGCCUUGCCAAGGAGACCUUUGGGUCUCUGGAGGAGACAUCACCGCCACCCUGCUGGAAUUCGGUGACAGACUCGCUGCUGUUGGUGCAUGAGCGCUAUGAGCAGAUCUGUGAGUUCUACAGCCGAGCCAAGAAGAUGAACCUCAUCCAGAGUCUCAACAAGCACCUGCUCAGCAACCUGGCGGCCAUCCUCACACCUGUGAAGCAGGCCGUCAUCGAGCUGAGCAACGAGAGUCAGCCCACCCUGCAGCUGGUGCUUCCUACCUACGUCCGGCUGGAGAAGCUGUUCACAGCCAAGGCCAACGACGCGGGCACUGUCAGCAAGUUGUGCCAUCUCUUCCUCGAGGCACUCAAGGAGAACUUCAAGGUGCACCCAGCCCACAAGGUGGCCAUGAUCCUGGACCCGCAGCAGAAGCUUCGGCCUGUGCCACCCUACCAGCAUGAAGAGAUCAUCGGCAAGGUCUGCGAGCUCAUCAAUGAGGUGAAGGAGUCCUGGGCCGAGGAGGCCGACUUCGAACCCGCCGCCAAGAAGCCGCGCACCGCUGCCAGUGAGCACCCCGCAGCUCAGGAGGACGAUCGCCUGGGGAAGAGCGAAGUGUACGAUUAUCUGCAGGAGCCCCUCUUCCAGGCCACCCCAGAUCUCUUCCAGUACUGGUCAUGCGUGACCCAAAAGCACACAAAACUUGCCAAGCUCGCCUUCUGGCUCCUUGCGGUUCCGGCCGUUGGGGCGAGAAGUGGAUGUGUAAAUAUGUGUGAACAAGCGCUUCUCAUCAAAAGGAGGCGACUGCUCAGUCCAGAAGACAUGAACAAACUCAUGUUUCUGAAAUCCAACAUGCUUUAAGACUUUACUUCGGGAAAGCAGAAAAACAAAAAGCAAAACAAAAGGAGAACAUUAGAAAAGAACACACAACACUGUCACAAACAAAGAAAAGGAAUUUAAGUUCUAAACACUGUGGACCUCAUUCUAAUGCCCCCUGGAAACUUAAGUGCUUUUUUUCAGUGUGUGUGUGCAUGUGUGUCUACAUCACACAUAUGUGCACGUGUCUGAACACGCAUGCCAUGGGUGUGGGGCUUUGUGCUCAUCUCUGCAGCCAGAGAACCUUCCACAUGCGUGCACACACACACAUGACCCUGGUGCGUGUACACACACCUGUUUGCAGGUGUGUGUGCAUUGGGCUGGGUGUGUCAGGAAAGCCAAGUGACUGGGAAGGAGAGAGAAGUUUCACCUUUUCUCGGGAAGGGGCUCUAAAGACUCCGUUUUUCAGGUGUGCAGACUGGGAGAAACUGAUGUCGUGAAAUGUUCAGGCAGCUGAGAUCUGAAGUGACUUGACACGCCCUGUCCUCCACCCCUGCCGCCCCCACCCCCUAGCCCCCUAACCCCCACAGCGUCCACUCCCUGCCCCAGCUGCUGUGCCGUGGAUUCUCCAAACUGCAUCCAAUGGACAGUUUCUGCACUGGACUUUGUUUCUUGUUCACUUUCAGGGCAUUGAGCUGCUGCCUUUGCGAUCACCCUUGGGUGUCCCCAGGCAGCCGCCUUAGAAACACACCUAUCUAUCUCCCUAAAUCAGGAAAGGAGACUUUAAGAAUAUAAAGCUGACAUUUUGCUUUUUAAUAUAAGAGAGAAAAAAAGACAUUUUUCAGAGAAGUAUAGAUAACUGUCUCCGCUCAGUAUGUUUUUUCCUAACAUUUUAGUGAUUUUUAACUUUUUGGGGGUUCAUUUUUUUCAAAUUUGAGUUAGACUCUGCUAGGAGGCACUGAAUGUCUAUAACUUAUGUUUUGGAGUGUUUGGGUUUUUUACUUGCCCUUUUUGUUCCUCAAGUCACACUGUAAACUAGCUCAUCUCAGUGGUCUAUUCAGUAUCCUAAGGUUUUUAUCAGCCUUUCUCAUACAGUCCAGUCCGGGAGACCUAGGGACGGGGAAGGGUUGUGGGUUCCUCAGAUGUGGGGUUUGGUGGAAGCCAUAUGGGCGGCACAUGGGGUUCUCCUGAAUGUAAGCAGAAGAGCCACCUCCUGGUUGGCUGUGUCUGGUACCGUGAGCAUCUGGCUUCUCUUCCCAGAGUGCUUUCCACUCCUCACCACAUUCCCCACCCUUCUGGCCCCUCCGGGCUCCAGAGUUGGUCCAAAUUCACAUCCACCACACCCCACACCCAUUCUCUCCUCCCUUCCCAGGGUUCAGGCAGUCUGAAGCCCUCAGGGGUCCCUACAGGCACCUCCAGUGUCCAACCAGGACAGCAGUUGAGCUUGGUGCAUUGUGGGCUGAAUAGCUGAUGCUCUGAGUGUAGACACCCUCAGCUUGAUGCUGUGACAGGGUCUUUAGGCCCCUCUCCUGACCUCCCAGCCACGAGCAACCAAGGUUCUGCUGAGAAGAACCCAUUCUCUCCAAGAUCAGCUUUCAACCCCGCCCCACCCCUGAGUGAGUAAAGAGCUGGUAGUCCCCUGUCCCCCAGGCGUCUGUGGCUGUGGGAUAGGGAUGGUUGCACUGCAGGCUAGGAAUGACCACCGUUGUUGCAGGGGCACCUUCUGCCAUUGUGGGGGUUAGCUAAGUGGACCCCCUCACCCACCCAGUAAUAAAGCAUUACUCAACUGUGAGAUACCUCGACUAUAAAAAGCACUGUACCAUAGCCCUCUCCCCUGGGGCCCUGGCAGGAGGGGAGUAAAGUUGGUUUAAAACUCAAGAAGGCUUAAGCAUCGUGAUCAUGGGCCCAGAACACUGUACACUUUGCCUCAUGAAACUAACCCAGCUCUCCCUGCAGUCCUGGACAUAUUGAAAUGGAUCAGAGUGGGCCAUUUCCACAAUCGCUUCAGUAAGUAAGCCAUGGUCUUGGGAACCACAGGCUGGCUCCUCUCCUGGAGAAGAAGUUCUAGGUAUUCUACAUUUCCAACUCAUUACCACCAUCAGAAGAGCCUCCUGUCCACGGUGGAACCGGAACAGGGAGAAUACAGACAGGAACCAAAUGUUGCUUCCUAGAGAAUGUGGAACAUCGGCAGAUUUUUGAUCAGACCUUUGGACAUUCUGGAAGGUAGGCUCUGGGUUGCUGAUGAUUGACAGAUGCUUCUUAUAUUAAUCUUGCUUGACUGCUGGAUGGGACCAUCACAACUUGACACUGGAAGGAUAGGAGCUGCCUGUUAGGGUUGUCAAUGAAAGCAGAACCAGUUAUGCUGACAGCGCUGUUACUAGGCCAAUGAAUUGCAGAACCAUCAGCCAUACUUAGAUAAGCAGUUCGAGCACUCAGUGGUCUCUUUAGAGCGUGAGAUGCUUACCCUCCAGAAUGAAAAUUAGAGUAAGUCAUAUUUACUGGAAAUAUCUGAAAUUAGGUUGUCACCUCCAAUAAUCCAGUUCUUUUGUACCUCAGUUCAGUACUUAGGCUUAGCCUGCCUCUGCAGGCUUGGUGUAAGUGCUAUUAGGUCCUCAGAAAGCUGUCUCCUGUCCACAUAGCCAACACUUGUGACCUUGGUUCCCUAGAAAUUGGUGUCACCAACAGAAAAGGCUGUACCAGGUGCCCUGUCAGCUUGCUCUCUCAUGUAGGCCAUUUCCACAGUACAAAUCCUGCUGUGACAGGCAGCUUAACAAAACCCAAAGAUCUCACAGGUCAGCCACCUGCCCCAUUAUUUCCAGCAAUAUCCACCUUACCAAAUUUCCAGCUCAUCCAAAGGAUUGAGAUGGGCUCUUCUAGUUCAUCUCCCGGUGCCUGGCUUGGCCUUGACCUUCAGAAAGAUGUUGUUGUUUGCCCCAUAGUUCGGACUCCCAUAAGUCCACCACAGGCUUUUGGGAGCUGGGAGACCAGGAAGUUGGGCCAUUUCUGUCAUAUCCUUGUGAGUAAAGGUGGCUCUGCCUGCUGACUUGGAUACAGCCUGCCUCAAGCUACCUGAUUCCCAGGAUAGAAACAGCCUUUGUUUUGACAUCCACAGACCAAGGGGACAAGUGGAAGAACUAUACUUUCACUCAGCAGGGCUUUUCCCCCUCUGUGGUCAUCAACAGAGCCCAAGCCAAAGACUGCAGCUUUGAGUGGUCCUUUGGACUUUCAUUAGCCCAGGGCUCUCAGGUCUACCUGAUUGUGGAGGGAUGUGAGCAUCCCAGCACAGUUCUCAAUGCCUAGGUCAACCUGUCAGGUCUCCCUCUGGUGGCAUUCAGAAACCAGGAACUGAUGCUACCUGAACAAACCCAUUGCUCUUUUCUGUGGGUUCCCAGCACAGAAAGCCACCUGCUACAUCACAAGUUAGGACAUGACCCCACUGGCCCACUUGAUGGCUUCGCGCUUGGCAUCAGGGAGAAGGCAUUGAGGUUUCCUGACUAAGAGAGAAGGGCAGCCAGUGGCGCAAAUGGGAAGUCAUGGAUCUCGCAAAAUCCGUGAAGGAAUUUUGGCACCAGCCAUUUGGUCUGCCAGCAGUCCUCUUGUCAGUUUGACCUGUUAGCUCUUGCACUUUCUAGAAACAAUGGCGAAUUCUGCAAGGCAUUAGUCACUGUGAAGCUGAAACCUCUGCCUUUAGGAGCCCCCAGUUCUUAACACCUGCUUACCCCAGACUUGGGCUUGACUCCUUGAUAGGUGGGCGCCCAGAGAGACGUCAGAGGUGUUGCAUGUACCAUCUAAGGCCACAGGGUAACCAGAAGGUUUGCAGCGGAGCCAGGGCAAACAUGGAAAACAGAAGCCUGUGAGAUGCUCAGCAGGUUAUUAUCAUCGUGUUGUGCUUAGAAGAGGAGGGGCCGAGGGCAUGGUGAGUGGCCUCAUUCCAUAAGCUGCCCUGGAUUCUGAACUUCGCCCUGGCCCUGGGAGCAUGGCUGUGAUGCUCCUUCUGAGAUGUAGUGGAGGACUCCUGGGAAGGCUGUAGUUGGCGACAGAAACACGGAGAGACUACGUGAGGCUCAGGUUGUGCCCUAGAGACCGCAGCGGGGCCUCUGGUCCCUGCCCUGCCAGUCCCACCCCUGCUGGGCAGUGGGCGAUCCAGGAAGGAGCCGCCUCUCUUCACUGUGGCUAAUGUUUGCUAGGCCAGUUAUGGUGAACCAAUGAUAACGGUGUUUUCCCUUUCACGUUUCUCUCCGGGUCUCCCCUUUGCAGGGUUCCCGGGGCGGAUUUUGUUCUCGUUGUUUUCUUCCUCUCUCAUUUGGGUCUAAAGAUCGUGGUUGGGAGAGCCCUGGCUUCUGCCCGAGGAGCCUUGAGGUUUCUGUAUGAAAAGGCGCCUACUCCCAUGGGAAUGAAAGAGCAGCUCUGAAUCACUGUCUGCCACCUUCAGGCCCCCACCCCCACCACUACCACGGGCGAUGCUGUGAAGAUUCAGCUCCUGUACCGAGGAUUUGCCAGGUUUGCAUUCGGGCAUUAGCAUCGUGACCCAGCAGGGUCCUGCCCGCCCAAGCGUCCCACUGGGCACCUUGACUCUUCGAACCAAAGUUCCUUAAAAGGGCACAGCCCCAGCCUUGUCCGCAACCUCAGGGGCCUGGGAUCUCUUGUGGCACAGCCUGAAAUCCCGGUUGGCCCAGACCGUGCGGUCUGAGACCCGCCGGAAGGAAGGGCUCCUCCCACAACCCAGUGCCAGCCGAUCUCUGCCUAGGACCUCCGGCUGCCCAGCCAGGAUGGGUGGCUUCCCAAGGGGCAAGCGAGCUCAUGGACCGACAUGGGCUGGGCCUCGCCAGCCUAGAGAGAGCAAGAGCCCCGCGGCAGGGCCAUCCACAUCCCAAGCAUCAGGAAAUCAUUUUGUACAACCACCCGAAGCAGAGAUAUUUUUUAAGAAGCGUAAAUUAUUUUCAGUUUUCUGAUCCUUCUUUUUUCUUUUUCCCACAACUUCACGUCGGUGAUUCGUUCACAUCAGGUAAAUCUUGAGAACGCCUUGGUGCCCCCUCCCGCCUGCCCCCACUCAGUAACCACACGCGUGCACCCCAUCCCUUCUCAGUAGUUAAGACGUUCUAGGCAAUACCAUAGGCACACCUGACUGUGUCUCUCUCUUAGAGUGCAAGAAACUCAAGUCAUCUUAAAAAAAAAAAAAAAAAAAAAU